AGUUGUCUUCUUCUCAAACAUAUCUCAACUUAUUGUUUGAAACUAAAAAAGAAGAGACCACCAAACAAAAACAAAAAUGGUGUCCAAAGCCAUCUUCUUCUCUUUCUUAGUCGUCUCCACCGUGUGUUUGUCCUCUCUCGCUGGUUUUGCCGCCGCUGAUGCUGACGAUUUUGACCUUUUCCAGAUUCAAGGAUCUGUUUACUGUGACACUUGCCGUGUCCAAUUCGUUACCCGUCUCAGCAAAUUCCUCGAAGGUGCGAAAGUGAAGUUGGAGUGCAGGAGCAGAACAAACGGAACCCUAACGUUGACUAAAGAAGCCGUUACCGACAAAUCAGGAAGCUACAAGAUGGAAGUAACCGGUGACCACGAAGAAGAAGUUUGCGAGCUCGUGUUGGUCCAAUCACCAGACAGUGGUUGCAGUGACGUCAGCAAAGAGGCCUACUUACGUAACGCCGCUAAGAUCAGUUUAACUGCGAAUGACGGAAUCGUCUCUCACGAGACUCGUAUCGUUAACCCUCUCGGUUUCAUGGUUAAGACGCCGUUAGCUGAUUGUCCCGCCGCUUUCAAGGAGCUCGGUAUUGUCCCUGACGUCACCUUUUAAGCGAAGAAAGAAAAUAUAUUACAUGAGAGAUAUUAAUUUCUACUUGCUUGAUCUUAAAGGGUUUUCCGUCAAGUUUAUCAAUGAUUUAUUAUUAUGAAUUAAUAUCUUCAUCAUUUAUUGAGGUUAAUUUUUUGCCUUUUGUUUUUGUAUAAUUUGAAUUGUUCGGAGAAAUCGGUC